AUCAAAAUAUGAAUGGAACACAAAAGCGUGGAAACAAUGUCCCUUUCUGUUGAUGCUAAACCAUAUUUUAAUAUAAAAAGUAAUGUAACCACAAAUAUAUUAAACAAAGAUAUUUUAUGGAAGAUAGAAGAUGACCUUGAUAUUGAUGAGAAAAUAUCCAUUUUAUUUUUGAUGACAACUGAUUAUGAACAUGGUUUUAAAGAAAUUUAUGACUUAUUACAGAAGCAUAAAGAAUGCAAAGUUUAUAUAUUAACAGAAUUUAUAAAUAAAUAUUCUGAAAAUUGGAAAAAUAAAUUAGUGGAAGCUAUAUGUGUUAUUCAAAAUAAACAAAUUUUACGAAAAUUAGGAAUAUCAUUUGAAUAUAUAAAUGUAUUGUAUUUGCCAAAAUAUAGAUUAUGUUCCAGAUACUUAAACUUGACUGCAAAAUGUUUAUAUAUAUUAUGUGAAGCUCUUACUAUAGAUAGAAUAAAGUUGUUACUACAAUAUGUUAGAGCUGAUUUAACUAAAUAUGAUGAAAAUUUAAAGGAUACAGACUAUCUUGAAUUACAUAUGCUGUAUUGGAUGCAGGAAAAUUAUAUUUCAAUAUGUUUAGAUGGUAAGGUAAAGUUAAAAAAUUUACUUAAACAUUUGAAAAGAUUUGAUGAUUUGGAGCUUAUUUAUGAAGAUCUAGAAACUAAUGAAAAGCAUCAAAAUGUGUUGGACACUCAACAUAUGAAUUCUAAUACAGCACAAUUACAAAUGUUUUCCAUGAGGGAAACCUCAGACGUGGAAGAAAAAUUGUUAACUGAAAAAGAAAAAGAUAUAAAAAAUAUAGACAAGGGUCUAUGUAUUAUUAUAAGUCAAAUGCAUUUUGUUGGUCAAAAUUAUGAAACUAGAUUUGGAACUGCUGCUGAUUGUAUGAAAUUAUCAGAAACAUUUAAAGGUAUUGGUUUUACCAUUAAAGAGUACAAUGAUUUAAAAAAGGAUGAAAUACUUAGAAUGUUAGAAAAUAUUCCAAAAGAAUUUGGUAUUGAUUAUGAUUGCAUUUUUGUAUGCAUUUUAAGUCACGGUUGUAAAGGUGGUAUUAUUAGUGCAGAUGCAGAAGAAGUUAGCAUUGAUGAAAUUGAGUAUAAAUUUUGUUCUGCAGAGUUAGAAAAUGUUAUUAAAAUAGUUAUUAUACAAGCUUGUCAAGGAGAAGUAAUUGGACAAGUAAAUGAUGCUUUAACUACAGAUGGUUCUACAAAUUAUAAUUCUUCAGAUAUUUCAAUAUACAGAAACUUUUGUAUAUUUAUGUCAACUAUGCAAGGUUUUGUAUCUGUACGACAUAAGAAAGAUGGAUCGUGGUUUAUACAAGAAUUUUGUAGUAUUUUACAAACUGAGGAAGAGAGAGUAACAUUUUUACAAGUUGUCAGAAAAACAAUGAAAUCGUUAUUGAAGAAGAAAGGAAAAUUAAAUGGAAUACAAUCCAUUGAACCCGAAUAACAAAAAAAUAAAUAAUUUCGAAGAUGGACAUAAAACUGAAACCCGCGAAUACUCCUAAGAGACCGCCAAAUGUUGCUACAACAAAUAUCAAAUAUU